AUGGUUAAUUAUUUGGCCGCUGUUUUCAUGAUUCUCUAUUUUUCUGGCUGUUCACUGGGAACAACUUCCUCACCUCAGCAACAAAACACCACAAAGUCAAACGAUUUAUGCGAGGUAAGACAUGCAUAAAUAUAAAAGGUAGUACUACUCCGUAGAUUACGUACACGAAGAAAUCAUUAUAUUGCUCAUAUCGUCAUGAUCACUUCCUUAUUAAAAGUACCUCACAAAGGGUAAGGCAGUUUAUUCUAAAAGUCAUCGCCUCAGCAUUAUCUUAGCAUUAACUGUUAGUUUUCUCUGAUUCCAUCCAGCUUUAACGAGGAUUAUGAUAUCAAAGGUCCAUUAUGUGCCUCUGGAUGAAGGGAGACGGCAAUAGUUCUGUCCUUUCUUGGCGACCUUUCAAUUGCUACUUUAAUAGGGUUUACGGUAUUUCAGCCCGGGGGGUACUCCCUUAUAUAAGCCAUUUACGUAUGUGCCACCCCAAAGGGUAGCGUUUUUUGCGCUGUUUAGUCUGAAAACGGUUAUGGACUUUGCCCAUUGUGGUCUGAAAUCGUGUAUGGGUUUCGAACGGAGUACGGGAGUGUAUAAACGUUUUUUGUCGUUUCAAAUCCAAAUGAGAAGGAAAGAGAAAAAUGGCGAAUUCGAAAUGGAUUUUAAGAAUUUUUUUUUCUGUUUUUGUGCUAUAUUAAUUUAUUUAACAAUGACAUAAUUUCUUGGAGGCAAGGUCUAAAAUCGGGUAUAGAGGCCAGGUCUGUAAGCGGGCGUAAAAAUGACAUUUUUUGGCCUGAAAUGGGGUCAGGAUUUGGAGAACCGAAGGGCGCACCUCCAUCAAAAAUCCCGAGGAGUACUCCCCCGGGUAUUUAGGAUCCCGUUUCGUCUUCUUGUCUGCUUUAAAUUACAAAUCAUAUUUCCUUUCAGCGAUCUAUACUUGGUUUCCCUGGUAUUCCAGGAUCAAAUGGUUUACCGGGAGUGCCGGGCGUCCCUGGGUCACACGGACCCCAGGGAAGGGAAGGUGUAAAAGGACAAAUUGGUGAUAAAGGAUCGCAAGGAAUGCCGGGUCAAAGAGGAGACAGAGGGCGCAAAGGACCCCCUGGGAAGAGCGGACCCCGAGGAAUUAAGGGAAUGAAAGGUCAACCGGGACUUCUGGGAAUGAAAGGAGAGAGAGGCAUUGUGGGAAUGAAAGGACAGCGAGGAACUGUGGGAAAUCAAGGAAGAAAAGGAGACAAAGGAGAGAAAGGAGAAAGCGUCAAAGCAAGUCAAGCAAGUGUAGUACCACAAACCAACUGGAAACAAUGUGUGUGGAAAUCAGGCAACCGUGCUGAUAACGGAAAGAUUAAGGUAAUUAUUAGUAUAAGAAUCGUUAAUAACACAUUCCAAAGAAAAUUAAUUCCUUUCUAAAUCAAAAUAAUUCAAAGAAGAACGUCUCCCCUCUCACUCACCGUUUGCCAAAACCUUUCAUCAAUGACUAAGUUACAUUUCACUCUACUUCAGUUCUUUUGGAACGAAAAAGAGGAUUCCUGGCCAUAUGGAUAAGGACAACAAAAAUUGAAGCUAUUACAGAGUUUUUUAAACAUUAGGAAGUAAUCUUGACUGGAGUUGUUAGAAUCAAUCAAUACACAAGGGUGCUCGUCUUACUACAAUAUGUCUGAUUUGUUUGAUUUUAUUCCAGGACUGUGCGUUUAACAAACUGCAGUCUAAUUCAGCGCUCAGAGUCUCAUUCCAGGGAAACAUGAAGGUCAAUGGAGGUAGUUCUAGGUGUAACCGGUGGUAUUUCAAGUUUAAUGGAAAUGAAUGCAGUGGACCAAUGACGAUUGAGGCUGUUAUUUACAACUACUGGCCAUCUGGGAACCCUAAUCUGCUGCAUCAUCGGUCAUUUGAGGGGUACUGUGAAAACAUCCUACGAGGCGCUGUUAGAGUGGAAUUAUGGGUAGGACCGUGUCCUAGCCAAACCCUGGGUGAUGCUUACACUGGGUGGGAAUCAGUGUCCCGGAUAAUGAUUGAAGAGGUAUCUAGGCCCCAGUCCUAA